AUGGGUACCGCCUACCGGUACUCACCAUGGCAACCAAUUACUGUCAAUGGCACGACGCCCUUUGCCAAGCCCCUCUACUACGGCAACCUCCUCACCGCCUCCGCGUUGUCAGGAGGUAACAAGCAGGUCCAGGUGCUGUUAAAUGAGACAUCUCUCACCGCUUACGCCGUCUUUGACGCCGGAAGCAGCGGGUCCUCCGCUCUCUACGCGCAAGGCACCGCUGCCAGGCAGCCCAAGUUGACGUCUCUGGUUGUUCUGAAUCUCAACAUCUACAACUCAACUUUCACGACGCCGCGUCCGUACACAAACUUCGACUUCACGCUCCCAGCCGGUAUUGGCAAUAUCUCCAACGCAUCCACCGAUAUUCAGGUCCGCCGUCUUACAGCCCCGGGCGUCGAGAUAGCAAGCAAUGCCACAUUUGCAGGCCAACACGUCGACAACACUUCGGGGGCCAUAGCCGGGGAGAAGGUUGUGGAAGAGGUCGAGGACUUGGGUGAUGGCAAGAUAAGAGUUAAAGUCGGUGAUGGAGAGGCUGUGCUGAUUACGCUCUAG